AUGUCGGCCCUACCUAUGGCAGCUCCGCCCAAGAGCCCCUUGGCUCGUUACCGCAUUCUCUCUCCGACGGCUUCCGUUCGCGUGAGCCCUCUGUGUUUGGGCGCCAUGAACUUUGGCGACGCCUGGAAGGGAUACAUGGGUACUUGCGAUCAAAAGACUGUCGAAGAGAUCCUCGACUUCUUUCAUGAGCAGGGGGGCAACUUCAUCGACACCGCCAACAACUACCAAUUCGAAGAGUCCGAAGAGUGGAUUGGCGAAUGGAUGAAGAAAAGAGGCGUUCUCAUUGCAACCAAGUAUACCACAAACUUCCAAGCGGGCCCCAACGCGCCGGGCAUCAUGGCCAACUUCACCGGCAACGGAUCCAAGAGCUUGCAUACCUCUGUAGAGGCAAGCUUACGCAAGCUGAAGACCGACUACAUUGACCUCGUGAGCAGCUUUGUCUCUUAUCUUUCAAGCGAUGUCACUUACACAGAGCAGCUCUACGUCCACUGGUGGGACUAUUCUACUUCUAUUCCGGAGCUGAUGCAGUCUCUCAACAACCUUGUCAUCACGGGCAAGGUCCUCUUUCUCGGCAUCAGUGAUACCCCGGCUUGGAUCGUCAGCAAGGCCAAUGAAUACGCCAGAAAUCAUGGACUACGCCAAUUCUCCGUAUAUCAAGGUCGAUGGUCUGCUGCCUCACGAGACUUCGAGCGAGAGAUCAUUCCCAUGACCAAGGCUGAAGGAAUGAGCUUGGCACCCUGGGGCGCGCUCGGCGGUGGCGCUUUCAAGACGGAAGAGCAACGCAAGUCCCAGGAGGGCCGCAAAGUUCAGGCUAGCGAAGCGCAAAUCAAGAUCAGUCAGGUGCUGGAAAAGAUCGCCACCAGCAAAGGGACAAUCAUCACGAGUGUUGCUUUGGCUUAUGUCAUGCAAAAGACGCCUUACGUCUUCCCCAUCGUCGGCGGUCGCACUGUCGAUCAUCUGAAGCAAAACAUCGAAGCAUUAGCCCUGGAUCUCUCCGAUGAAGAAAUUCAGGAGAUCGAAGGAGCUGUGCCGUUCGAUAUGGGCUUCCCCCACAACUUCUUAUGGGGAGAGAAGGUCCCGUCGAACCCUGGCGAAGUCUGGUUGUUGAACAUGGGAGGAACUUUCGACUAUUACAAUUUCAUACACGUUUCUGGCCAGAUUCUGAUCCAGUUUGCGAUGCUGAACCUGGUCAAAAUCUGCAGACUCAUUGCUCCUGGAACUACGCCAAUCACCAUGCAUUCUUUUCGCAUCGCUUAUGCAGGCAGGAUGAAAAUCCUUGACUGGAAUUACUGGCUUCCGGUGACUUAUUUGAAAGAGAUAGGCAGCGAGCGCAUGACAAUUGACCCCCAACUACACGAGGGAAAUUCACCGAAAUCAAUACAAUCAGACGAGCACUACAUGGCUUUUUAUGGACUUGCUUUCCAAACAAUCCCUAGAUGGGUUCGAGUCAGCACCCACCGUGAGGACUUUGCCACGCGAGAAAGCAAUUACUCUAUCAACGACGCCAGACGAAGCCUGCCGGGCUUUCCACAAGACAUCAAUCCAGACAUCCUUGCUGGGGUAACCGUGAAGGUCGAAGAGUCAGACCAGAACUUCGGCACGUGGCAGUUGGUCACUCACGACCAAAGCUCUCCGCUCCCAAGCAUCGAGGAAAGCUUGUCAAUUGGCGAGUCACCGCCUCAGAGUAUGGGGAGCAUCAUGCCCGCCACGCCCCUCGACGUUGACUAUAGUUUUUCGCCUUUCCCAAGAUCGAGUAGUCAAUUCGAUCGAAACGAAGCAUGGGAUCCCGCAGGAGAUGUGCCGGUUCCAAAACAAUAUCAGUUAUCUGCGCCAAAGAUAUCAAGCCCCCUCAAGAGACAGCGCGGAAGGCCGUCCUUGAGAUGCCAUACAAAGAUGACAAUUGAUAAUUACAAGAUGUUAACAGCACCGGAGAGAUCCCAGGUGCCGAUGUAUCAGAGUAUCAGGGAUGGCUUUGAUACAAGAGAGAUCAACAGCUUCACCAAGCUACAGAGCACGAGGCGGCGAAAGAGAUCACCAGCCCCGCCUGGAAUAGGCUCUCUUCCUGUAUCUUGCGGCAUCAAAUCUGCAUCAUUUCGAAGCAAUACAAAGAGUACGAGGAUGCGCGAAAGAUUUGUCAUCGACUCUGAUCUACAAGAAAUUACCAGAGUCAGGGCUUCAUCUAAAGCAGUCGAUCUACUGGCGAUGCCAGAGUCCCAAGGAGAGGCAACUUUGGAUUACUUCCACCAUACCAAGAGGAACAAUAUCAACGAGGAUUCCGGAAGCCCCAGAGUCUUACCAUCCCUCCGCACCAUCGAAGUAUUGCCACAGCAUAGAAGAUCAAGACACCGUUCCGGUAAACUAUUCAUCUUAUCUGAUGAUGUUGAAGAGAUCGAGCCCGCAAGACACGACGCCUUACAGUCGGACCGAGCGUGCGCAGUCUCCCGUGGUGAUUCUCACGUAGGCGCAUCAAGCCUCUCGCGGGAGGCUUCAGCCACAGCGCUGGUUGGCGACGUUUUUGGCGACGAGCUGCGUACGAAUCAGCUGGCAACAACAGACAGUACAACACCGGCCAACACCAUGACUAAGAUGAAGCCAGAUGCCGAACAUAAGACCUCCCUUGGUCUCAUGAGCACCGGGGAAACAUAUGUAGAUGGAGAAACCCCAAAGGCUUGGCCGGCUGGGUUACAGGGAGAAUCGGUUUGGACUGGCGCAUUCACAGACCUUAGACCACGUCCCAAUGGAACCUUUUCCAGCGAAAGGCAGAGUUAUCGAAAAUAA